GGCUGUGUUUCUCAGAUGUUCUGCAUCUUAUGGAGCGGUGUGCCAACGGAUUUCAGCGCUACGGUGUAUCUUCAGGGUGCAAGGUUUGCGUUAACGUGUCCAAUUCAGCGGAAUCCUUCGUCGCUGUCUACUCCCUGUGCUGUCUGGGCGCCGCUGUCCUCUUGAUCAAGCCAGCGCUGCCGGAACGUGAGGUGAUGUACCUCGUCGAAGACAGCGGUGCUAAAUUCAUCCUUACUGAGCAGCAGAAUGCUGCGAAGAUUCUGAAUAUACACAAGGUGCACCAGUUCAAGGCCCUAUUUUCAACAAACCAUGCUAAAGGAUUCCUGUGCGUUCAAGACUUCGAAAGCGAAGAUGGCGGGCAGUUUCAAGAGCCACGUAUUGAAGACACAAAAAACCACAUCUCGCUGUACACGUACACGACAGGCACCACAGGGCUGCCCAAAGGAGCAGAGAUCAGCAUGUACGCGUUCAAUGCGUCAGCAGAGUUGUGCAGGGCAGCCGAGUUUUUCAACGAGGGAGAUGUGCUCCUGGGGUGGAACCCAGUCACGCACGCAUCGGGAUUUAUUCUGACGAUGGCCGCCUUCAUUACGGGCGCCAUGGUGGUGCCUUCGCGGGGUCAACUGUCCGCCAAGGAAUUCGUCAACGUUGUCAACAAGCAUCAGGUGACUAGCCUGUGCACCUUUCCUACGGCAUUCAGAAAGCUGGUCUUUCAGUUGGAAGAAGGUGCGGUCCCAUCGUUGAAGCGAAUUAUAAUGUGCGGCACAGUUUUUACCGAAGACGUGUACCAAAGAACACUUCAGGUGCUCCAGCUUGAAAGCCUAAGGAACGCCUACGGCUUGUCUGAAGUCAUCGGGUUCAUCACCAUCACGGCGCCGAACACCAUUGGAUAUCGUAGCGCGGGUUACCCACUCCCAAUGGUCGAAUACAAGAUCGUGGACAUUGUCACUGGAGGACAGCUCGGACCUGGCGAAGUGGGCGAGAUAUACUUUCGAGCGCCGCAAGUCAUGAGAGGCUAUUACAAUAGACCUGAAGCGACCGCCCAAGUACUCGACCCACAGCGAUGGUUCCGCAGUGGCGACGCCGGGUACUACGACGGCUCCGGGAAAUUAUACGUAGUCGAGCGCCUCAAGGACAUGAUCAAGUGUCUCGACCAGCAGGUGGCACCGGCUGAAAUUGAGACUAUUCUGAUGAAGCAUCCACUGGUUCUGGAGGCUGCAGUUGUGGGCAUCAAUCAUCCAGACUUAGGAGAAGCACCAACUGCGUUUGUGGUGAUUGAUCCUUCCACCAGAGGACGCAUCGACUCAGAGGAUCUCGUGCGACUCGUUGCAGAGCAAACAGCCUUUCACAAGAAUUUGCAUGGCGGAGUUUUCUUCGUAAACCAAAUUCCGAAGAGCGAAACUGGAAAAUACCUGCGGAGAAAGCUGCGUUCAGGACACCUGCGCUUUACGGGAAAAGCACCGGAUGCGCCAUAAAUUAUCCGUGCAUUUCUGAGCUGCCUUCUCGAUGUGCGCGCACUAGCAUCGUUGAUGUAUAUAAUGUGUCAAUUAUAUCAGAUUUUCAAAACAAUGACAUCACGGUUGCAGAAAACUUUGUAAACAUUAGCAAUGAGCUUUAGCGCAUGCUACUUAGGUUCAGAAAAGCUAUUAUAAAAUAGCGACAGCCUAUAGUUUGCUCUCUAGCCAAUUAACAUAUCUAACAUUCGUCGCGUGCUUCUAACACUAAUAAACUCAACAAUUAACACGAAUAUGCUUCGUUAAGUUGUCUUCUAGGAGAACCUGCUUCCAACGUGCGGCGUUUGUUUUGAGGCAUUAAACGAUAACAACUCUGGUAGCUUAGAACAUGUCGCCAGAGUGCUUGAGAAAAGGCAGCCCACCAGCAUAAAAGAGGUGGUAAAUGUUCUAAAUGAAGUGGUUGGAAGGCAUGGGACAUUCGCGAUUUAAUUAAGGAAAGAUGUCGCAAAGUGCGGAGGUGCGGGAACCGAAAUUCAUGCCGAACUUGCAGGCAUUCGAGAUUUGAUUACUUUCAUGAACGAAGAGCUCGAAACCUUCAGAAAAGAUGUGGAAGUGUUCCGAUAGGAACUGGGGGGCACGAAAUCUGAGAAUGAACUGUGUCGCGAGGAGAAUGAACAGCUGUGGAAUGAACAUAGUAAAUGUAUAAGAAAUAAAUUGUGGAGCCUAUACAAUAAUCCAUGAAUAUGAACAUUGAAACACAGGAGCUUUGGGAAAUCCAAGAUGAGCACCUAAAGAAAACAGUAAUAGACAUUGCUGACGCCUUGGGCAUUGCAUUGAAUAUUUAUGAUAUUUAUAUCCCACAUCGAGUACCAUCAAAAAGCAGGGACAAGAGAAAACCCAAUGUCAUAGCGAAGUUUCUAACGCGAACUGCCCCUGACAAGUUCUUGUCAGCUGCGAAGAAAGCAAAGUUAGGUGCAAAGCAGCUAUAGGUUUCAGUGAAGAUGAACCCGUACACAUAUUGAGCACCGGAAAACAAGCCAGGCGGGAGAAGAGUAGGAAAUAUGUUUGGGUGUCGCAGAUAAGAUCCUUAGAAGAAAAGCUGAAAAAUUGCCUGUUUUGGAUAUAACCUGCUCUGCGGACCUGGAGCAAGUUCUUCAGGCGUACAUAGUGACUAGGACGUGAAAUUUUGCCGCUAUGUUCGAGAUGAUUUGCAAUUGUGGAAACUAGGAAACAAUAUCCAUAAAUUUCGCCUGCGAUAUACACUUGAUGAAAGAUGCAUGUGCUCAACAAAUCUGUUAUGUGUAUUGUAACAAAUAAAACAAAAAUUAAUAAAUUCUUAUUCA